UGAACUGCUUCUGCGCUACAGGGUUUUUCCGCGCAAUUUGAUUACAUUUUUCUCACGAAAAUAUGUAAUGCAGGUGAAAUGCCGCAAUGCGAAGCACGUUGAACGUUACCGCGUCCAUGCAAAGUAAAAUAACACACUGUUUAAUUCAAUUAACUCAUAUAUUCCUCAUUCGAAUUUAGGUCGACGAACUUUGUUAAAGUUCUUUAAUAUUGUCUUGCGUUAUUAACAAGAGGUUAUGGCGGUCCAAAAUAAAGUGCUUUACGCUUUUCGCGGGUGGAUAGCGUUUGUUGCUUUCAUGGAUUUAGGCACCGCAGGACGGUCGUACAUAGAAAGAAGAUCGUUUUUAAGUCAUAAUGGAGACACUGAUCAUUUGGAGGGUGACUUUACAAUAUCAAGAAUGUUGGGAAUGUACUCAGUGCUAAAAGCACUGGCUCUUAUACAUUGCACCCUCUACAUACAUUAUAAACCUGUCGUGUCAAUGGGCUACUGGUCACUAUGUUUGACUAUAAUUUUAUAUGUCACCGAAGCUUUUUACUUCCAUUCUACGAACCUCAAUUUUUAUGUCGUCUUCCCUUGUAUUUUAAACAUUAUUACACUUCUGGGACUCAUUUAUUUACCAGGUAAGUUGAAGCUCUGGGGUUCGAUACCUGGCACUUCGGGUAUAGACAGAGAAGUUGAUGAUGAGAACGUACAAAUUCUACGACAAAUGGGUAAUUUUCGACGUCGGAAAGCUGGCAACCCUAUCAAAAAUAAACACGUCUGAUUGUCUAUGAUCGGGGAGUUUUAUCGUUUGUCUAUUGUAGAGGAUUUUUAUGAAUUGCCUCUGGUUGGAUUUUUAUCAGGACAGUGCAAUCAAUGGAGUCGGCAUACUAAAAAAAUGUGAUAAAAAACAACGAUGAAAUUAUUUAAAUGCAAUAUGUAACAGUGCGUUUUCGUUGCUAAAACAUUCAGACCAAUACAUUUGCCUCUUGUUAGAGAUAAUAUGUUACCGUUUGUGUUCAAUUUCAAAGCAAUAGAAAAUUUUAUUUAGAUUUUAACCCU